AUGGCCGUCUAUCCGGACAACCGUUAUAUGGACCCUAAACUUCGAGCGCGAGAAGCAGAUCACAGGCGUCAACGACGCGAAAAUGACGCAGAACUUCGAGCUCGAGAAGCGGAGGCCAAGCGUCAGCGUCACCAAGACAGCCCUGACAUGAGAGCGAGGGAAGCCGAGGAGAGGCGUCAACAGCGCCAGAAUGACGCCGAACUUCGAUCUCGAGAAGCUGAGGCCAAGCGCCAGCAUCGCCAAGACCACCCCGAGGUGACAGCGAGAGAAGCAGAGGAGAGGCGUCAACAACGGCAAGAAAAUCCUGAUUUGAGGGCUCGUGAAGCCGAGGCCAGAGGACUGAGGCGACGAGCCGAUGCAGAGCAAGCAGCGCGGGAGAGACUAGAACAGGAUGUGAGGGCCACUAAUAUGUUUCACAAACGCUUCACAAGCAAUCCAUUUAGCUACUCGUGCUCCGUGUGCGAUCGUCACAAGAACGAUCUAAAGCCUCUUCCAGAAACGCAUGCUGACGUGGUUUCCGAUGCAUUCCUCACGGGUGUUUCUAGAUUCCAGGUGUGUCGCACUUGCAUGCAGAGCAUCCGACAAGAGCGCAUGCCAAACGUCUCCACCACGAACGGGUAUGCGUAUCCACCAAAACCUUCUCAUUUGCCAAAGCUUAAUGUUGUGAGUGAGCACCUUGUGUCACCGCGAAUCCCCUUUAUGCAAAUUGGGAGACUACUGUACAGUGACAGCGGCCAGCUCGCCAUCAAGGGACCGAUUGUGAACGUGCCCAUCAACGUCAGCACAACAGUCCAAAUGCCUCCUGGAGAUGUCGAAGAGGAUCAAGCUUUGAGAGCGCAGCCUGCGGUUCUUCGCUACCACGCCUACCCACUAUUCGACGUGAUCAACUACAAGCGCGAGCACGUGCUCCUGUUCGACCCACUUCGCCGCGAGAUAUAUAUCCUGGACAACAACAAGUUCGUUGAAAUUUUCGACAAUUGA